CUUGAGUUUGCAUCCAUUAGAACUCUUUAUCCACUAACCUGACUGAUAAUAAAGUUUACCUGCUGAUGUUUGAACUCAAACUGCACACAGUGAGGUUAGCAUCAUGCUAAUAAACAAUGCAUUCUCCGCUAGCUUUCACGCACUCUAAAGCUAGCAGAAGAAGCGGAGUGUGCAGCGGUAAUAAAGCCGUAAAUAAACUCUAUCUCACUCAUGGUUCAGAUUGUGUCAGCUGUAAGGAGGUUUAAUUCAGGAAUAGUGAUCUGUAAGGACCUUACCUUCUACAGCUGUGGACGGAGGGAGUGAGUUCUCGCGAGAGUUGUGAUUCGAACGUGAUUAGGCGCCUAACUGACGUACACGUGCUAUGGAUGGAAACAGCUGAUGGUGUGCUGGCUGACUCAUGGUUUAUAGAUCAGCUGUUCCGCUCUUUAUGUUUUUAUGUCUAACCGUGUCUUGAAGGUCAGCACAGUUAGUCAGAGAGCAGUAUCUGAGGGGGGGUCAGCCUGUUGCACUCAGCUUCAUGUGAAUACUCCUGGUUAUUCCUGAGGACCUUCACCAGGAGCUGCACCUCCUCCACAGCCCGAGAGACUCUACAGUCUGCAGAGAGCAGAGCAGGUUUAGUACCACUACAGGAUCAUGGGGGCUGUUCGGGUGGUGGUGGUGGGGGCAGGGGUGGUGGGGCUCUCCACGGCGGUGUGCAUCGCGGAGGCUCUUCCCCACUGCUCCGUCACCCUGCUGGGGGAGAAGUUCAGUCCCGACACCACCAGCGAUGGAGCCGCCGGCAUCCUGUUCGCCAACCACUUCCCAGAUGUUCCUGUGGAGCAGCAGAGGCGCUGGUUCAGGUCCAGCUUCGACCACCUGCUGCACAUCGCUCAGUCUGAAGACGCUCCGGAGGCGGGGGUCAUGCUCAGCUCCGGCUGGCAGAUCUUCCGGGACGUCCCGGCAGAUCAAACCCCGUACUGGGCGGACCUGGUGAUCGGGUUCAGGAUCAUGACGGAGCGAGAGCUGCAGCGAUUCCCGGAGCAUCGGUUCGGACAAGCCUUCACCACCAUCAAGUGUGAGUGCAGCAGCUACCUGCCGUGGCUGGAGAGGAGGUUCCGGCGUGCGGGGGGGCGGGUGGAGCAGCGGCGGGUGCAGAGCCUGCAGGAUCUGAGCGGCAGCUUCGACCUCAUCGUGAACUGCUCCGGCCUCGGGGCGCGGGCGCUGGGUGGAGACAGCGGCAUGCAGCCGGUCCGGGGCCAGGUCCUGAAGAUGGCGGCCCCCUGGCUGCAGCACUUCAUCCGGGAUGGGGACGGCCUCACCUACAUCUACCCCGGCAUCCAGGGGGCCACCGUCGGGGGGACCCGGCAGGGGGGGGACUGGCGGCUGCAGGUGGAUGAGGGCGACACCCGGAGCAUCCUGCAGCGCUGCAACCGGCUGGAGCCCUCGCUGUCCCGGGCCCGCGUCCUCAGCACCUGGGUGGGGCUCCGGCCCGACAGGAGGAGCCCCCGGGUGGAGCGGGAGCUGCUGCGCCUGCAGGGCCGCACUGUCCCGCUGGUGCACAACUACGGUCACGGGGGGGUGGGGGUCACGCUGGCCUGGGGGACUGCUCUGGAGGCCCUGCAGUUGGUCCAGCAGAGCCUCCAGGAGACGCAGAGAAACAGAGCCAAACUGUGAGGGGGGGGCCAGUACCACUCGCCUUAAAGGAACACAGAGUUUGAGUUUAAUCUGCUUAAUCUUAAAGGGAGUCGCCUCAAGUCAAAAUUCAUAUUUUGUAACUCCGAAAACUUUGUGUAAAAGUCUGAUGUUGGUGAAUGUUCUUCCUGUCAGAUUAAUACUGAUAAUGCUUUUUUGCACAAAGUCUGCACUGCUUGGCGCCGGCGGAGCUGCUGAGAUGAUUCUCCAUUUUUAUGACGUGAAAGUAGAAACAGCUUUUUUAAAUGUGUAAAAAAUAAACCUUUAUUGAUCAAUGAAUGAAAAGGAACACUGUACUCACAACCUGCUGACUGUGAAAACCACAGUAUGUAAAAUAAUGAUGAAUAAAACUUGAUUGAAUAUAA